UCGCCGGCGGGCUGCCCGGCGGGCAGCAGCUGGCGCGAUUACCUUGGCUGGAGAGGUUUACCCAGGAAGGAGGGAGGCCGCCCACCUACUGGGCCGGCAGACUCCCACACAGGUGGGCCCGGCGCAGUCUGCACCCCGUUCCUGAGCUGGUGCCAGGCAGGUGACACUGUCUUCCUGCAGCCCCCAGUAUGUGGGCAGGCCUUGGCCCCGCUGUCACACUGGCCCUGGUGGUGGUGGUGGUGGCAUGGGCCACGGAGCUCAAGCCCACAGCACCGCCCAUCUUUACAGGCCGGCCCUUUGUGGUAGCAUGGGAUGUGCCCACACAAGACUGUGGCCCACGCCACAAGGUGCCACUGGACCCAAAGGACAUGAAGGCCUUUGAUGUGCAAGCUUCACCUAACGAGGGUUUCGUGAACCAGAACAUCACUAUCUUCUACCAUGACCGGCUGGGCAUGUAUCCACAUUUCGAUUCGAUGGGGAGAUCUGUGCAUGGCGGUGUGCCACAGAACGGCAGCCUCUGGGUACACCUGAAGAUGCUAAAGGGACAUGUGGAACACUACAUUCGUACACAGGAGCCUGCAGGGCUGGCAGUCAUCGACUGGGAGGACUGGCGGCCAGUGUGGGUGCGCAACUGGCGGGACAAGGAUGUGUACCGCCAAUUAUCACGCCAGUUGGUGGCCAGUCGCCACCCCGACUGGCCACCAGACCGCGUAAUCAAGCAGGCACAAUAUGAGUUUGAGUUCGCUGCACGGCAGUUCAUGCUGGAAACACUGCGAUUUGUCAAGGCAUUUCGGCCUCGGCACCUAUGGGGCUUCUACCUCUUCCCCGACUGUUAUAACCACGAUUAUGUGAAGAACGAGAAAACCUAUACAGGCCGUUGCCCUGAUGUUGAGGUCUCUCGAAACGACCAGCUGGCCUGGCUGUGGGCCGAGAGCACGGCCCUCUUCCCCUCUGUCUACCUGGAAGAGAAACUCGCUUCCUCCACUCAUGGCCGCAACUUUGUCAGCUUCCGUGUUCAGGAGGCCCUUCGCGUGGCUCACACCCACCACAGCAGCCAUGCGCUCCCAGUCUAUGUCUUCACACGGCCCACCUAUAGCCACGGACUCACAGGGCUUAGCGAGAUGGAUCUCAUCUCCACCAUUGGCGAGAGUGCAGCCUUGGGUGCAGCUGGCGUCAUCCUCUGGGGUGAUGCGAGGUACACCAUGGUUUCCCUAGACCUGCCCUGGGCCAUGGCAGCCCACCUGCUUCCCAUCUGCACCCUCUUCCUGAACUUGCUCAGCAUGGCUCAAGGCUCCAGGGGCCCUGUGGUACCCAACCGGCCCUUCACCACCGUCUGGAACGCAAACACCCAAUGGUGUCUGGAGAAACACGGCGUGGACGUGGAUGUCAGUGUCUUUGAUGUGGUGGCCAACCCGGGGCAGGACUUUCGCGGCCCUAACAUGACCAUUUUCUACAGCUCCCAGCUGGGUACCUAUCCUUACUACACGUCUGCUGGGGAACCCGUGUUUGGUGGCCUGCCUCAGAAUGCCAGCCUGGAUGCCCACCUGGUCCGCACAUUCCAGGACAUCCUGGCCGCCAUGCCUGCAUCUGACUUCUCAGGGCUGGCGGUCAUUGACUGGGAGGCAUGGCGCCCACGCUGGGCCUUCAACUGGGACACCAAGGAAAUUUAUCGGCAGCGCUCACGGGCUCUGGUACAGAGGCAGCACCCCUACUGGCCAGCUCCUUUGGUGGAGGCAGCAGCUCAGGACCAGUUCCAGGGGGCUGCGCAGGCCUGGAUGGCAGGCACCCUCAAGCUGGGGCAAGCACUGCGGCCUCAUGGCCUGUGGGGCUACUAUGGCUUCCCUGACUGCUAUAACUAUGACUUUUUAAACCCCAACUACACAGGCCAGUGCCCACCAAGUAUCCGUGCCCAGAAUGACCAGCUGGGGUGGCUGUGGAGCCAGAGCCGUGCCCUCUACCCCAGCAUCUACAUACCUGCGGCCAUGGAGGGCACAAGGAAGGCACAGAUGUAUGUGCGGCACCGAGUGAGUGAGGCAUUCCGUGUGGCUGUGGGUGCUGGGGACCCUAGUCUGCCGGUGCUGCCCUACGUCCAGAUCUUCUACGACAUGACUAACCACUUUCUGCCCCUGGAGGAGCUGGAGCACAGUCUGGGGGAGAGCGCAGCCCAGGGGGCGGCAGGAGUGGUGCUCUGGGUGAGCUGGGAGAACACGAGAACCAAGGAGUCAUGCCAGGCCAUCAAGGAGUAUGUUGACACGACGCUGGGGCCUUUCAUCCUGAAUGUGACCAGCGGGGCGCUUCUGUGCAGUCAAGCCCUGUGCUCUGGCCAUGGCCGCUGUGCCCGGCGCCUCAGCCACCCUGAGGCCCUCCUCAACUUCAACCCCACCAGUUUCUCCAUCAAGCCCAUGCCUGGUGGUGGACAGCUGACCCUACGAGGUGCCCUCUUACUGGAGGAUUGGGGGCAGAUGGCUGAGAAAUUCAAAUGUCGCUGCUACCGUGGGUGGAGAGGAACAUGGUGUGAGCAGCAGGGCAUGUGGUGAUUGGCACAUGCACACCUUGAGUACCUAGUGCACUCUGGGACUGGCUGUGGCUCUCUCAAGUACAGGCAGUCACACAUAUCAUGGUCACAGUCAGAAGUACACUCAGCCAGUCAUGAGCCUAUGCCAGCACAUGCACACGUGCUUACAGACCAGGAUAGUUGCAUAAGGAGUUAGAGCCUUGGAAACCCACCCAGCAUGGUCAAAAAUAUUUCUUCCAGAGACACUGAGCAAGUCUUUAAACUUAAGCCAUCGUAAGAACUGACAUUCAUUGGACGUCUACUCUUUCCAAGUCCUGUGCUAAGCCUUUUAAGUAGGCUAACUUAAUUGUGCAAUCCUAACACGACGUUAUGAGGAAACAGGCACACACAGGGAGGGUAAGCACUUUGCCCAAGGUUGCACAGCCAGAAAAUGAAGGCGCUGAGAUUCAAACCAGGCUGCCUGGCUAUAGAGGCAGAACCCUUUGGCCCCUAUUGUGUGUUGAUGGUAAACAGCCCUGCGCAACCUGAAUCCGCUCAGAAGUAUCAGCCUUGCAAAUAAAGCUGACAUGACUCUUGCUUCAA